UAUUGCGCAUGCUCGCCCGGCUACCGGACGUGACACAAACGGAAAAGGCGGGAUCAACACGGCUCCAGAUUCUGAAGUGAGAAAGAGCGAAAGCGAGCGCGAGACUGUACAUUGAGGAGAGAUAGGAAGCCUCAGGAAGUAUCAGAAUGAGUCUACGAAAACAAACCCCUAGUGACUUUUUGAAGCAAAUUAUUGGACGACCUGUUGUCGUGAAACUUAAUUCUGGAGUUGACUAUCGAGGGGUGUUGGCUUGCUUAGAUGGGUACAUGAACAUUGCUUUAGAACAGACCGAAGAAUAUGUAAAUGGACAGCUGAAGAACAAAUAUGGAGAUGCCUUUAUCCGUGGAAAUAAUGUAUUGUAUAUAAGCACACAGAAGAGAAGAAUGUAAAUGUGGUCUUUUUUUUUAUUUAAUACAUUUGACAAGCCCAGCUGUCCGGGAUGUGGAAGAGGAGCUUCCAAAUGAAUUUUGUUAUGUUUUUUUAUGUUUUGGAGAAAUAAGUAUAUAUUUUCUUUUUAAUAUAGUUGUAGCUGAUGGUUGCAUAAAACAUUUUCAUUUUUUUCAAGAUGUUGCUGAAUAAACUACAGUUACAG